AUGAUUGAAACGGCGAAUAGCGUCUCGCGGCAAGAGGCGCAAGCCUUCGCAUGCUGGUAUCGGUCUUGCUUCGCUUUCGUUCUGUUGGCAUUGUCCUCCCUCGCGACUUUGGGUCACCUUCAAGAUGUCAGAGCAGAAUUACUGGUUGACAUGGUAAUAAGCCAACAGGCAGAUAAAACCCAACAACAUCAGGAUCUGUCGGCGUCAACGCAAGAAUUGGAGAAUAAAAACACCACAACAAGGGAAGAAACUCGACUGGUAUAUUUUUUGAAGACAGAACAACUCAGUCAAAAAGAUGGGUUUUCGGGAAGUUGGUUGCAGACACGUUCAGAUUUUAUGGAUAUGCCCUUUGAUACUAUUGGAAUCUGUGAGGAUGCUGCCUUUCGUGCCUAUGACAAGGGAAGGAGAAAGAAAAUGAGAAUGUCAUUGGACUGGCUUGACUUUGGUGUGGAACACAUGUCCAAAUGGUGGAAGAUGUUGGAAUGGGACAAGAAGGACCCCAUUCCUUUUCAAAAGAUCACAUCCCAAUUUACAAACUACAUCCAAAAAGAUGCCAACAUGUCUCAAAUACAAAUCGACAACACAUUUCAACAGACCAUUGCUGUAAUUGCCUUCCAAGCCUACAAGAACGAUAAAGAUCCAUCCAAGGCACACGAUUUGAGCAUGAAGUCAUUGGCCACCACUAUUGAGUCAUUGAGGAGAGCUGGAUUUGGGAGGGUGACAGUUAGUGUUCUUGUUGAAGCUGACUUUGAUAUUGCACAAGAUGCCUUCUAUUUCUUACUGCAGCUGUUGAACCCAUCCAAGUCCUAUGAUUCCAGCAAGAUUGUGACUCAAAUUGGCCACAUGGAAGUUGGCUUUGCUGUUGCGUCGCCAGACUAUGCUCGGACAAAAGUUCAGAAAAAGAACAUGCCCAAAGCUACUCUGUUGGGCUUGAAAGAUGCCUUUGAAUACUCAGAGAUUGCUGGCAGCAAUAGGACCACAGCCAUGACCAAGAACAUGACAGCUUGGCUGGGAAACAAGAAAGAUCCUUCAUAUUGGAAGUACGUCUAUCUCACAGAGCCUGACACAAUUCUGCAAGCAAGGCCCACUGCUCUACCACAAAUCAAGGUGGAGCUUGACAAAGGAUCAGUCCUACUACCCCAUCGCUUACAACCAAUCCCACAUGAGUCAGAUGUGAGGGGAAUGGAAAAAGAGAACUUGUAUGUUUCAGAACGAGAAUUUCCAGAAGUCAUUGGCUUGGAUCCAAACAAUGGCAAUGACGUUUGCUGUGAUGAACAUGCAGGGGCUGACUUUAAACCGGGCUUGCCUCCAUACCAUGCCAAAUGCAAAUCAUUUUGGUAUCAGUGUGGCUUUGGUCGAAAAAUGCAAGACAAGGAGAACAGGCAUGUCCGUCUCAAGCCAUACAAAUUCAUUCGCCUAUUGGGAGGUACAGGUAUUGUAAGUUUGGCAGGUUCAGAGCAUGGGAGAAGGUGUAUUCCCAGGAAGGAUUCAAUCUGCAGACCACCAGGCUAUGCCUAG